CCUUGCACGCAUUCGACUCUCCUUUUAAUUUCAUUUCAUUUCAAUUACAUUUGUGCUUCAAGAGGUCGCGGUUUCAAACCCUUACAGAGAUCUGUAACGAAGGUGAAAGAUGUGUGGAGGUGCGAUUAUAUCACAGUAUAUACCCACGAAUAGGCGAGCCACAGUCAAGGAUUUAUGGCCCGAUUUCAAUAAAUUCGCAGACUAUGUCAGUGGAAAAGCUGCAACAGAGAAUUCCUUUAACGACGUCGAUGGCUAUGGCGACAACGAAGCUAUGGAAUUUGAAGAUUUUACCUUUCAGAAGCCCAAGAAGUGUGGCGACGACGACAUUGCGAUUUCUUCAGAGAGGAUUUUUGAUCCGACUCCUUAUUGUGAAGGGUUAGCUGCAAGGAGCGCAGGGAGGAAGAGGAAGAAUUUGUACCGAGGGAUCAGGCAGCGGCCUUGGGGGAAAUGGGCUGCUGAGAUUAGAGAUCCGAAAAAGGGUGUCAGGGUUUGGCUCGGAACUUUCAAUACUGCGGAGGAUGCCGCGAGAGCGUAUGAUGCAGCGGCUAAGAAGAUCAGAGGUAAGAAAGCCAAACUUAAUUUUGGUGAUGAUUUUUCUCCUGUGAAAUGUAAGAAAGGGUUGGGGAAAAUGGAGUGCCGGAAGAAAUCUAAGUCGUGCAAUACUAAGCCUGAAUUUGCAUUCGAGGGUUUCAAUUCAAACAAAAUGGUGAAACCAUCUGUGAAGGACACCCAAAAAGGAUUUGGCGUCAGGCCGUCGAUGCAGACAAGUUCUAAUGAUGAUUUGGAGUUUGGGGAUUCAGAAUUCCCUAAUUCUAUCAAAUUGGCAGGCCAGUCUGCCGGUGAAAGCAAUCUUAGCCAUAAUAUGCAGAAGGCCUUCGCAGGUGAUAACUGCAGUAGCUACAAUAAUCCAGAGGUGAACAGCUUCAUGCCUUCUGAUUAUGAUGACGCUGUAAGUUUCAAAACCUUGAAAACUGUUUCACCUCAUAGGGAUGCUUAUUUUGACUCUGACAGAAGCAGUCUGUCGUAUGAUGGAGUUUGUUUCAAGCCCACCAGUUCUCCUUUACCUGAAGAAGGUAAUUAUUUUGAGUCUCAGAGAAGCGAUGUAUCCCCUGAUGUGGCGAAUAAUUUCUACAUGAAAGCUCCAGAAAUCUCUUCUGUAUUCUGUGAUGUGAAUGGGUCCAGUUUUGCGGACAUGCAGACACAGCCUUUGGGUGUAAUUCCUGAGCAAAACCCUGUGGAUAUUUCUUUUCAAAUUGAUGGUGAUUUAGGUGAUACCUACAUUACAGAUGUGAAUAGAAAUCUGGAAUUUUCAGAUGAUUUUGCCAUGGAGUCAUAUCUGGGGAUGUGUCUGAGUCCCAAGCAAGAAGAGAUGGAGAAGACAGUGAAUGAUUUGGAUGCAAGUAUUGAGUUUUCCCUACAGCCAUGGAGCUUUGACGAUCUAACUGAUGCAGGCUCUGUUUAUCAAAGCAGUUUUGAUUCUUGCCUCGGUGAGCUGUUGUAAAUUUCAAAUAAAUAAGUAGACUGCUGCUUUGAGAUUUGAUAUCUGAAGAUUGCCAUACUAUUCUGUGAGUUUGGUAGCUCUGGACUUUUUAAAGUUAUUAUCAUGUGUGUGACUCAAGAAAGAAUACAUUUAAAAGAAUGUUUUAUCAUGUUUAAUCUUUAUGGGCUAAUGAUGAGAUUACUGCUGUUUAUGUUUA